AUGUCUGGGACCGGGCAGAAGCCCAAAAGUCAGGCGGCUCCGCCACAAAAAGGUAAAGUGACGACCACUCGACAAACUCGACCAAUCGACACAGAAGUACAGGAACGAGGAAAGACGAGAGCCACCGGGGCGGUGGAGACAGAUGAAGACGAACACGAAAUCGGUGACUCAGAGAAAGGGAGAUCUUUCCUCGAGGGAAGGCUGCUCAUGGUUCCGGCGGGGGCACUGCUCACUUUGGGUGCACUCGCCACGACGCUCUUCCAGAUCGCGGCCAUGCCGGGCGUUGCCCUCCCUGCGGUUAACGCAGUACGCGCGGUCGCUUUUCUGUUGAGAGACGUCGAACUGGAGGUAGUGGCGGAAGACAUUAGGGAUAUCGCCAAUGCUCAGCUCAACGAGUUGACCAACGACUUGAAGACGUUCACGGAGGUGCUCACAGAGAAGGUUAUGGAGGAGCUGGAGAAGAAGACGGAGGUGUUGAAAGAAAAGACAGUGGAAUUAGCAGCAGUGGUCGAAAAAGCGGCACAACAGGCAGGGAACACAGCCAGCUCCCCAUACAGGGACGCGUUGACAAGGACGGCCUCUGGAGCCCCAAUGGAUGCUAACCCUCGUCUAGCUGCGAAGGAGAACAUCAGGCAAUGA